AGAUAAAACAACUAUUUUCAGUUUUUAGGUACGCUGGGUUGUCUUAUUUUUAUUUUAAUCUAAUUAAAUUUAAACUGAAUAAUUAAUUACCAUCUAUAUUUAAAAAAAAAAGCCUCUCUUUCAAUACAUCAAUAAUUGAAGAUAUUUAUUGAAUUAAACGCUCAAUAAAAACCGAAAAAUGUUAUUCAUUAUCGGUGUUUUGAUUGUCAUUGCGAUAAUAGUGUGGUUAGUGAAGGAACUAGUGUUCCCAAGUCAACGAAAAAAUAUUGAAGGCAAACAUGUCGUGAUAACCGGAGGUUCAAGUGGGAUCGGAAAGGCCGUAGCCAUGUUGGCCGCAAAAAUGGGCGCUCACGUGACGAUUAUUGCGCGGGAUGUACAAAAAUUGGAGGCUGCUCGCAAUGAGAUAAUGAGCGCAUGCAAAAACAGAGACUCGCAGCGGAUUGAGUACUUGUCGCUGGAUAUAUCCAAGGACUAUGAAACUAUUGAAAAGUCUUUUUUGGAUAUUGAGAAGACAAUGGGGCCUAUUUACAUGCUCGUUAAUUGCGCGGGUAUGGCUAUUUGCGGGAAAAUCGAGGAUACAACAAUAGAGACUCUCAACUGGAUUAUUAAUUUGAAUUUUAUGGGCACUUAUUAUUGUACCAAAGCCGUUAUUCCUCGCAUGAAAAGCGCAAACGAUGGUAUUAUUGUUAUAACAUCAUCACAAGCUGCACUUAUAGGAAUAUUUGGAUACUCAGCAUACUGCAGCUCAAAAUUCGCUCUUCGAGGCUUAUCCGAGAGCUUGGCGAUGGAAGUUAAUCCUCACAACGUAUCAGUGACUCUCUGCCUGCCUCCAGAUACCGAUACUCCGGGAUUCGCGGUGGAGGAGCAAUCGAAGCCUCUCGAGACAAAACUUAUUUCCGAGUCAGCGGGUUUAGUGAAAGCAGAUGUCGUCGCUAAACAAUUGAUCGCCGAUGCUUGUGCUGGUCGAUUUUUCUCGACUGUCGGCUUCGAAGGGUUUAUGCUGACAACUCUGUCUGCUGGAAUGUCACCCGUCUCCUCGGUUGCGGAACUAUUCCUUCAAUUUUUAAUGAUGGGAUUAAUGAGAGUUGUCGGCGUUUGUUACCUCUUCUCAUUCCAGAAGAUUAUUAAAAACUGCAUGGAUAUUCGUGACAAAAAUAAAAAGUCCGAAUAAACUACUUCAGGUUUUUUUACUUAAAUAUAGAAAUAAAAUUAUCAUUGCUGUUGUGAUCAUUGAGGUGUGUAAAUCAAUCAAAUCAAUAGUUAAUUUUUUUUUGGUAUUUA